CAUCCAACUCUUUUAACAUAACCGCAACCACAGUUCAGUCAUGAGUCGCGGAUCAAGUGCUGGAUAUGACCGACACAUCACCAUCUUCUCACCGGAAGGUCGUCUCUACCAAGUCGAAUAUGCCUUCAAGGCUAUCUCCAAUGCAGGCAUCACUUCAGUCGGUGUUCGUGGCCGAGACGGCUGCGUAAUCGUUACUCAAAAAAAAGUCCCUGACAAGCUUUUGGAUCCCUCGACAAUUACUCAUGUCUUUCAAUUGACCCCUAAGAUCGGUUGUGUCAUGACUGGAAUGAUUGCCGAUGCACGCUCACAAGUUACACGUGCUCGUCAGGAAGCUGCCGAGUUCCGUUACAAAUACGGUUAUGAAAUUCCUACUGAUAUGCUCGCAAAGCGUGUGGCCAACAUUAACCAAGUUUAUACUCAGCAAGCAGCAAUGCGACCUCUUGGUGUCUCAAUGAUCCUGAUCGGUUACGAUGAUGAGCUCGGUCCACAAUUGUACAAGUGUGACCCCGCAGGUUACUAUGUUGGGUACAAGGCAACAGCUGCUGGUGCAAAGCAACAAGAGGCACUGAACUAUCUUGAGAAGAAGUUUAAGAAGAACUCAGAAUUAAACUUGGAAGACACAAUUGAGCUUGCCAUCACAACUCUUUCAACAGUAUUGGCUGUUGAUUUUAAGGCAGGGGAGAUUGAGGUUGGUUUGGUUACAAAGGAUGAUCCCAGUUUCCGUACUCUGGACCUUGAUAGCAUCGAGGAGCAUUUACAGAGAAUUGUUGAGAAAGAUUAAAAGAAAAUACCCAUAUCUUUGUACCGUGUCUCAAUAAACCAUUUUUUUUUGUAUUUGGGUACUUGUGU